AUGGCUACACGACUCUCAGUAAAUAUCAUAACAAAUUACGUGCCUUUUCGGCAUUAUAGCCAAUUCCACCAAAUUAUGCGUAAAAUUCCUCAUGUUCACAAUAGUCAUAAAUAUUUUAUUAUACCAUCAGUAUUUGGAACCAACUCUUUAGCAAAAAAAAACCUUUUUCCUGCAAAUCAACAAAGUCAGGCAUAUUUUACAACUCCAACACAUGAUUCAGAAAAAUCCUCGCCAACACCACUACAAACGCAACCUACUAACUAUAGCCCAAAAGCGUGGCUACUUCCAGGUUCAGGACGACGACAAAUUCGCGUAACAAAAGAUGGUAAAUUAAGCUGGGAUGACUAUUUCUGGUUAAGAGUGCGACGUAGAAAUACAGAACGCGCACUCACGAUACCAUCGACACUUCUUGGACUUGGCAUGAGCACAACGUACGUGUUUACAAGGGAAUUGGAUCCAACACCGAUAUUAGGGCAAGAUCCAACUGUGAUAUAUGGAUUGAGUGUUCUGCUGUGUUUUUUUAGUGGUCUUUUGAUUGGUCCAGUGAUUGGAAGUGGAGUUUGGAAAUUAUUUCAUAGACAUGAAGUUAAAAUGAUGGAAGAGCGUGAUCGAGAAUUCUACGCGCACAUUAAAAAAAAUCGGGCUGAUCCAUCGUUGCAUUCAAUAAGAAAUCCUGCUCCCGAUUAUUAUGGUGAGAAAAUAAAGUCAGUAGCCGAAUAUCGAAAAUGGUUGAGAAAACAGAGAGAGUUUCUGAGGAAAGGAACGUUUCAUAUUGGAGAAGAGGAAUGA